AUGGAAGCAUAUUUAAAGUCUCUGGGCUAUGGUGUGUGGCUAGCAGUGAAGAAUGGCUAUAUUCCACCUACCACAGACAUUGUUGUUGAAUCUGAAAUGAAGAAGUUAGAAAAUGAUGCUAAGGCACUGAAUGCUCGCCAUAACUCUCUAUCUACAAAUGAGUUUGCAAGAGUUGUAGGUUGUGCUACAUCUAAGGAAAUAUGGGACAAGUUGCAAAGUAUACAUGAAAGUGAUGAAAGGAUUAAAGAAGCAAAGCUACAACACUACAGAGCUCAGUUUGAAAGUCUAAAGAUGACUGAAGAAGAGACGAUAGGCAUAGGUGAGCAGAUAACAGAUGCAGUUGUAGUAAAGAAAAUCCUUCGAUCUGCACCUGAAGUAUACAAUGCCAAGGUGUCGGCCAUUGAGGAAUCAAGGAAUCUAAAUCAGUUGAGUUUGAAUGACUUGCAAGCAAAUUUGACAGCCUAUGAGAUGAGGAUGGUUAAGCCCAAGACCACAAGAAGUGGUUCUGAUGACUCAAAUGAUGAGUUGACUGCCUACCUUGCUAAGAGGUUGAAGAAGGGACAUGGUAAGUAUAAGGCAAAGCUUCCCUUGAAAUGUUUCAAUUGCGGUGGUAUAGGACAUUUUGCUUCAAAAUGCCCUAAGAAAGGCAAAAUCAACCUCACUGAUGAUGAAGAAGAAAGUGAGCCAAAGAAGGGAAAGAAGAAGUAUGUUUCCAGUAAGAAAAACUACUUCAAGAAAAAGAGUUUGAUGACAAAGAAAGACAACAACACUUCUGAGGAAGAAUCAGAUGAAGAAGAAUCUGAAGAUGAGAGAUAUGAAACAUUGUUUAUGACCUAUGGAAGUAACACCUCUCACAAGAGUUAUGAAAAAUCUGACGAAGAAGAGGAAUUUGAAGGUCAAUGUGAUCGUGAGGUUGAACUAUUUCAUGCUUUAACAUAA